UCGCCUCGGCCGCCAUGUUGCGCUGAGGGGCAGCUCCGAUCCCUCGGGAUCGGCAGGACCCCAUUCCUGCCGUCGGGAAUCCCGGCAUUGGAUGAUCCCUAUCACAAGGGGGUAUCCGGUACACGGCAGCAAGCGGAUGGAAGCCGCCCGCACUCACUGAGGCAGCAUGGCCGGCAGCAGCCUGGUCCUCCCCAUGGUGCUAUGGGGUCACCAGGCCCCUUCCCAUUGCAUCUCCUGCCUGCUCCUGCUGCCCCCAGGCCCCAGUGUGCUCAGUGGAUGCCAGGAUGGACAGCUCUGCCUAUGGGAUCUGGCACCAGGACCGCAGAUCCAACCCAGGGCUCUGCUCUUUGGCCAUUCAUCCUCCAUCACUUGCUUGGCCAAGGCCUCGGCCUCCCAGGACCUGCAGUAUGUGGUCAGCGCCUCGGAGAGCGGGGAAAUGUGUUUAUGGGAUGUCGACGACGGCCGCUGCAUUGAGUUCACCAAGCUAGCCUGCACCCACACAGGGAUCCAGUUCUAUCCCAUUCCCGGCGGAUCCCAAGGGAGGCUCCUUUGCCAUGGCCAUUAUCCCGAAAUCCUGGUCCUGGAUGCAGCCAGCUUGGAAGUGCUGUAUUCCCUAGUAUCCAAGAUCGCUCCCGAUUGGAUCAGCGCCAUGACCAUCCUCCCAUCCCAACGGACACAAGGGGAUACAGUGGUGGCUGUAUCCGUGACUGGUAUCCUGAAGGUCUGGAUUAUGGGAUCGGAAGAGGGACGGAUGCAGGACGCCGGCGAAGAGGAAUCCAAGCCCAUCCAUUGCCAGCAAUGCCGGAGCAUCUCCCUGUGUCCCAGUGCUCCCCAUUCCCUACUGGUCGUGUGCUCCCAGUACUGGCGGGUGCUGGAUGCUGGGGAUUACUCCGUGCUCUGCUCUGUAUCCAGUGGGAAGCAGGUAUGGAGCGGAGGGGAAUUCCUGGAUCCGGAUACAGUCAUUGUAUGGAAUGAGGAUGGGAAUUGCUUCAUCUACAAACUUCCGGCCAGCUGCCUCCCUGCCAGCGCAUCCUUCCGGAUUGACGUCGGGAAAGCCAUGGAAAACCUCAUCCCUCCCACCUUGAUCCACGUGGUCCAGAGAGCCGAGCACGAGCUCCUCAUCUGCCCUCCGGUCACCGGCUUCUUCUCCGGCCUUCUGGAAUCCCAUCCCAACCUCUUGAUCCAAGGCAAUUCCUCGGGAAGACUUUCCCUAUGGAGCAUCCCGGAAAACCUGGACCAACAUGAAGGUAUCCCGCUGGUUGCAUCCCUAUCCCUCCAGGAAGCCUUUGAUUCCCUAAGCCCUCAUCCCGCCGGGAUCAUCGACCAGCUCAGCUGUAUCCCGGCAUUCCCGGAUCCGCUCCGGGUCACUUCCAGUGUCUAUAUCCCGAUCCAUGGAAGUCUGGUGUGUGGUCGGGAAGACGGGAGCAUCGUCAUUGUGCCGGCGACCCAGACGGCUAUGGUGCAGCUGUUGCAAGGGGAACAUGCACUAAGGAGAGGCUGGCCCCCGCACCGCACCCUGCGCGCCCACCGCCACCGCAUCACCUGCCUGCUCUACCCGCACCAGGUGUCCCAGCGCUUCCAUCCCAGCUUCCUGCUUUCCGGAAGUCGGGAUUCCAGUGUUAUCCUAUGGGAUUGGCUCUCCGGGGAGAGGAAGCAGCAGUUCCGGGUGCACGGGGGGGAGGUCAGGCAGCUGCUGGUGCCGCCGGAGACAUGCAGUCCCCGUGUCCAGCAGUGCAUCUGCUCCGUGGCCAGUGACCACUCGGUGGCGCUGCUGAGCCUAAGGGAGCGCAAGUGCAUCCUCUUGGCCUCCAGGCAUCUCUUCCCUGUCCAAGCCAUCAAGUGGCGUCCGGCCGAUGACUUCCUGGUGGUUGGAUGUGAGGAUGGAUCCGUCUAUGUGUGGCAGAUGGAUACGGGUGCCCUGGACCGCUGCGUGAUGGGCCUGACAGCAGUGGAGAUCCUCAAUGCCUGCGAUGAGGCUGUGCCUGCAUCCAUGGAUGCCCUAAGCCAUCCUGCUGUUAACCUCAAGCAGGCCAUGACCCGCAGGAGCCUGGCUGCCCUCAAGAACGUGGCCCAUCAGAAGCUGCAGACACUGGCCACCAACCUGCUGGCCCCCGAGGCGGCGGAUAAGUCCCACCUCCCCAAAUCCCCCCCCAAUUCCCUCUCCAUCCAAUCCCUUAAAGCCAACAGCUCCGAUCCCGACAUCCACGUCCUCUUCUUCGACGUCGAGGCCUUGAUCCUACAACUCCUAAGCGACGAAGCUUCCCGAUCCCGGAAUCCCAGCUCAUCCCAAGACCCCAUCCCAAAAGCUUCCGGGAUCCUGGAUAAAGGCCCUUCCUUCCUAGCCGCCAAUAGGGCGGCCGUCCUAUUCCAGCAGGUUAAGGAGAGCAUCAAGGAGAACCUAAAGGAACACCUAUUGGAUGAGGAUGAGGAUGAGGACGGAUCCGUCCGGAGCCGCGAUCCCAAAUCCAAGCCUCUGGAAUCCCAUAUCCCUAUGGAUACAGCCAGGUUGUUCCUCUCCUGCCUCCACGCUUGGGGUCUGGAUCCCAACCUGGAUAGGCUCUGCUUGGAGCGGUUGGGAAUGCUCCGACCCCAUUGCGCUGUCUCCUUCGGGCUCCUAUCCCGCGGGGCCCAUAUGUCCCUAAUGCUUCCGGGAUACGUCCGGAAUUCCAUAGGGAAUACCGCAUGGAAGACAUCGGGAACCUAUGGGAUAUCCCGAGCGGUCACCACCCAGCAUCUCCUCUCCAUCAUCUCCUUGGCCAAUACCCUAAUGGGCAUGAGCGAGGCCACGUUCCUUAUGGGACAGCGAGGAGGCUCCAGGUCAUCCCAAGCGGAAUGCUGGCGUUCCAAGGCUCCCCCUGCAUCCCAAGGGAAUGUGGCUGCUCCAUCGGAUGCUCCUGCUGCUUCCCAUCCCUCUUUCCUGGUCAAUGAAGGCUGGAGCCAACUGGCCGCCCUACACUGUGUGAUGCUUCCCGACCUCCUGGAUCCCAUCACCUUCCGACCCCCCCUCUUGGAGAUGCUGGCUCGUCGAUGGCAGGAUCGAUGCUUGGAGGUUCGGGAAGCAGCUCAGGCUUUGCUAUUGGCUGAACUGAGACGUAUGGAGCAGGAUGGGAGGAAGGAAACCAUUGAUGCUUGGGCCCCUUAUCUACCCCAAUACAUGGACACGGUCAUAUCCCCGGGAGUGACCCCGGAAUCCAUCCCAAUGGGAAGCGCCAGCCCCGAUCCUAUAGGAUCAGAAGCCAGGAUCCAAGAGGAAGAGCAGGAGCUGGUGGAUGAGGACAUUCCAGCAGGUCUCCUCUCCCAUCCCAAAUCCUAUGAGGAAAGGAGGAAACAAGCCACGGCCAUAGUCCUAUUGGGAGUCAUUGGGGCCGAGUUUGGGGCCGAGCUGGAGCCUCCCAAGCUCCAUUCCCGAUCCCGGAAUUCCAGCCAGAUUCCCGAAGGAUUUGGCUUGACCGGAUCCGGGGCCAACUAUUCCCUAGCCAGGCACACGUGCAAAGCCCUGACCUUCCUGCUCCUCCAGCCGCCCAGCGCCCGGCUCCCGGCGCACAGCACCAUCCGUCGCACGGCCAUCGACCUCAUAGGCCGCGGCUUCACCGUCUGGGAGCCCCACAUGGACGUGUCGGCCGUGCUGCUGGGGCUGCUGGAGCUCUGCGCCGAGGCCGACAGGCACCUGGGGAGCAUCACUCCAGGCCUCCCCCUAAGCCCCGCGGCCGACUCAGCUCGCUCAGCACGCCACGCUCUGGCCCUCAUCGCCACCGCCCGGCCCCCAGCCUUCAUCACCACCAUCGCCAAGGAGGUCCACCGGCACACGGCCCUGGCGGCCAACGCGCAGUCCCAGCAGAGCAUCCACACCUCCAGCCUGGCCAGAGCCAAGGGGGAGAUCCUCAGGGUGCUGGAGAUCCUCAUUGAGAAGAUGCCCACGGAUGUGGUGGAGCUGCUGGUGGAGGUGAUGGACAUCAUCAUGUAUUGCCUGGAAGGAUCCUUAGUCAAGAAGAAAGGACUCCAGGAAUGCUUCCCGGCCAUCUGCAGGUUCUAUAUGGUGAGCUACUAUGAGCGGAGCCAUAGGAUAGCAGUGGGAGCUCGCCAUGGAUCCGUGGCCCUAUAUGAUAUCCGCACUGGGAAGUGCCAGACUAUCCAUGGCCAUAAAGGGCCCAUAACUGCAGUGGCUUUUGCUCCCGAUGGAAGGUACCUGGCUACCUAUUCCAACACGGAUAGUCACCUUUGCUUCUGGCAGAUGAACACAUCCCUAUUGGGAAGCAUUGGAAUGCUGAACUCUGCCCCCCAGCUCCGCUGCGUCAAGACAUUCCAGGUGCCCCCAGUGCAUCCCGGUUCUCCCGGAUCCCAGAAUUCCCUACGGCUGGCACGGCUCAUCUGGACUUCCAAUAGGAAUGUCAUCCUCAUGGCGCAUGAUGGGAAAGAGCAUCGAUUCAUGGUGUAGGGGGCGGAAUUCCACAUGGGAAUUCCGGAAGUUGGGAAUUCCGUGGGAAACAGAAGGGAUUUCCAUGGGGGAAGGUGGUUUUCUGGGAAUUUCUUGGGAAACAUAAGGAAUUUUGAUGGAAAAAGGUGAUUUUCCAGGAAUUCCUUGGAAAACCAAUGGAAUGUCGAUGGGGAAUGGUGGUUUUCUGGGAAUUUCUUGGGAAAUUUGAGGAAUUUUGAUGGAAACAGGUGUUUUUCAUGGAAAACUGAAGGAAUGUCAAUGGAGGAAGGUGAUUUUCCAGGAAUUUCUUGGAAAACCAAUGGAAUGUCGAUGGGGAAAGGUGAUUUUCUGGGAAUUUCUUGGAAAACAGAAGGAAUUUUGAUGGAGAAAGGUGUUUUUCUUGGAAAACUGAAGGAAUCUUAAUGGAAAAAGGUGUUUUUCCAGGAAUUUCUUGGAAAACAUAAGGAAUAUCAAUGGAGAAAUGUGAUUUUCAAGGAAUUCCUUGGAAAACCAAAGGAAUCUCAAUGGACAAAGGUGUUUUCCCAGGAAUUCCAUGGACACAAAGCUGCUGUUCCCAUCAGUGCCGCGACAUUCCCAUGGCUUCCUUUGGGAAUGCCGCAGGCACAAGGAGGCUGGAAAAGUGGGAAGGGAUUGGAAUUCCAUUGGGAUAUUCCCAGUUCACUUUAGUUGGGAUCAAGCUCUUCCCAUUAUCCCAUGGAUUCUGCUAUGGAAAACUCUUCCCGAAGAAUUCCCGCUUGGAAAACCCAUGGAAUGAAGCCCAAAACCUCCUUGGAAUCCUCUUCCCAUUCCCAAAUCCAUGGAAUUCCAUCGCUUUUGGGGGGGGGAGGGGGGAUAUUCCCUAUUCAGUGUUAGGAAGCACCUCCGGAAUUCCAUAGGGAAGCAAGGACAACGUUUGGGAAUGCUGUGGCCAAUCCCCAUAGGAAAAGCUCAGGCUCUGUCCCAUAUCCGCAUCCAUCCCAAUGGAAUUCCCAAGUGGAAUCGCGCUCCGAGCCCAUCAUUCCCUAUGUAUCCCGGUGUUCCCAACCCAUCCCAUCGCAUCCCAACGCGCGCGGGUCCCCCCCUUCAAUGUAACCUCGUGGUCGCUAUUCCAAGAACAUGGAUACAGGGAUGAGAUUCCCGAUCCUCCUUUUCCGCCAUUCCCGGAUCUCUGUGUAAAUCCCAUCGGGAUAAUAAAAGCUGCCUGGAAGAA